CAAAAAAUUAUAUCAAUAUUUAUUUUCAUCCAUUAACAAAAAAGAAAAAAAAGAGAGAGAAAUUCAACGAUUUGCAUUGCAAAUUUUAAAUGCAUUUAAAUAUAGUUUAAAUAUAAUGAUGCAACGAUUAUGAUAGAAAUAUAUACCGAAAUAUUUGCAUAUAAAAAUUCAUUAACUUUUUAUCGAGAUUUUGCAAUUAUUACGAAUACUUUGAGAACCACUGGGUGUGUCAGAGCUCGGUUACGAUCAAAAUAUUUUGUACUGAACAUUUAAAUAUUGCGAAAACGCUUUCCAAGAUCAUUCGAAUUAUUAUCGUAAUUGUACGAGUGAAAUGUCUCCGCCGAAUCGUAGCAACACGAUUUGGCUGUUUCUUUUUCUCUGUGCGACUGUCACGAUUUGCCAGGAUGUCGAACAAACCUUGGAAAUCCCGGAAGAUUCCGAAGAUGAAUCGACGAUUUGGAUGGAAUACGAAUUCGGGACUGGAGCUGGAAAUAGGGAAGGUAUCGUGCAAAAUAUUGUUCCAAGCUAAAAAGAAAAGAAAAAUUUUUGAAAACAAUUUACCAUUUACAUUUUCAGAACUUAUAGUGACGAAUAUUUCCGUUCGCGAAUACACAAAUGUGCCAAAAACAGCGAGAAAUUGGCAAUUCCUGGAAGUGAACGGCACCAAUUAUUUAUUUCGAAACGAAAAAUCUACUCUUUUCUGCAAUAAACUCGAUUUGGACAAGGGUACAAUCGUUGAAUUCACGAGAUUGAUCGUAAAAGGCACUAUAUUAAAAUUUAAAGCGAUAGAAAUGAAAUCGAAUAUAGUAAUCGUUUUGUGCGUCCAAUUGAACACCGGAAUCCUGCUAGAAUGUCACGCGCUCUUAGAUGGAAAUUCUUUUCAAUAUCUUGGAUCGUUGCCGGUAUUGAAACAUGUAAAAGACAUAGAGAUUAUUACGAAAUUAUCAGAUAACGAGGAACCGUAUAAAAUAUUCGUGUUGAACGAAGAGGAAUUCUUUCUCCAAUUGCAAAAUUCUAUCGACGUCUACGGCUUCGACAUUGAUUUCUCAACCAAUGCUUUAAAUUUUUGGUUUUACCAUUCAACUUACGUGCCAAGAUCGUUCGAUAUCCAGGUAUUCAACAUUUAUGAAACCGUAUCAUUGGCUCUUCAAGGAGCAAACGACGUCUUCCUCUAUGAAUACAAAAAUAUCAUGGAGGGAAAUGACAUUCUGCAGCGACAAACGAUAAAGUCGUAUAAUUUGAAUAAUUUCAUCUGCUUCGAAAGCGGAUACCUCCAGUUUUUGUCCAUCUCCGGUCCGGAGGCGGGCCUUUUUCUCUUCGAAGACGGUGAAUUCCAGUUCAACACAGAGUCUGAGUCCAGCUUCGACGUUUCGGACAUUUCUUGGGUAACGAGCGUACAGUUAGACACUUAUAGAGACGAGUCGAUGUUGUUGGUACAAUUGAAAAACUCGACCGUGUUCGCGUUAGGUUGGCAAGGUUCGAGUUUCAAGAAUGUUCAAUUACCCAACAACGAUCUCGAUCGGUUCGAUCUCUCCAUGAUUACACCGAUCCCGAAAUAUGGAUUUAUCGCGGGUAAUCGAGUUGUGAAAUUUGAUACGCGGCUGAAAAGCGUGAAACAUCCUCUCCAAUACGAGACUGAGAAACUAAUAAGAUUGCAAAGAUCGUUGAACGAAUUGAUACAAUACGAGGAAAAGAUUAUCAAUGAAACAAAGGCGCGGCUCAAUGAGAGUAAAAUCGAAAAUCCCGUGAUCACAGGGUUUUGGAAUAUAAGCAGGGUGAACGCAACGAAUGUAAUCAUAUCCGACAACGUGACUUUCGAAUCGAUCACGUUGGGUGAGUCUAAGUUGACAAAGGAGGAUUUAAAGUUCGAUGUAAACAUUUUCGAGAUGAAAUUGAGGGAAGCGGAGAGGAAGCUCGACGAGAUCGAUUCGAGAUUGAACGAGGCGGGAUCGAAUGAUUUCGACUCGAAAGAUCUUCGCUUCGAUUCUUACGUUGAAAUAAACGGAGAUAUUUACGUCAAUGGGAGUUUGUACACCGACAAGUUGACGGUAUCCUCGAUCAAUGGGAUAAACGCAACUCUCCCUUCCGACAACUACACGAUUGAUUUCAAGGAUGUUAAAAAUUUAACGAUUAAGUCGAUAAACGGUAUCCCCGUGGAAAAUAUACGCUUUGGGGAUUCUAUGGUGGAUUACAGUAGCGUGGAUUUCGAUAAAAUAAAUCGAGCGGAGAUUCGUGGAGACCUUUCCUUUUCCACGAUCAAUGGCCUCGAUUGGGAAACACUGAUGAAGAACAUCGUGUGGAAAGACAGAGAUAUGCUCAUUCCUGGGGAAACUGUCAUCGAGGGGACGGUCACGUCGAAUAACGUCGAACUGUUCACGCUGAAUGAUCUUCUGUAUCCAGAACAAUACGUUCUGGAAAACGGUAGCUCUCCUUACGUGACUGUAACCGGUUCGAAAACCUUCGAAUCGUUCGAAGCGUCGGAAUUGGAGGACGCGAGCACCCUGAACGGGAUAGAUUUCGAUGAUUACGUCAUUUUGAGCAAGGAGAACGUUUUGAAGGAGGGAAUCAGCUUCGAAAAUUUGACAGUCACCGACGAGCUCGUACUGGACUGUGAAAUAGAAGGAUUAAAUAUGGAAGACAGGCUGUUGCUCAACGAAACUAAUAAGAUUUCAUCGAAUAUCUUGUUUUACAAUUUAAACGUUUCGGGUAACAUCACGUUUGAUAGAUUGAUCAUCAAUAACACCGAAGUGGAUUUAGGAGAUCUGCUGUUGAAAACCGACGAAAAUGUCGUGAUAACCGGGACGAAAACAUUUUUAAAGAACGUCGAGAUGAGAUCCAACGUUACCAUUACGUCUGGCAUGAUCAAUGGACAUCACGUGGACGAAUUCGUUACUUUGGACACGGAUCAAGUGUUCCCAAAUUUAAGAAAGAUAUCUGCCAACGUCACUUUCGGAAACGUGACGUUAGGAGCUAUAAAGAAAUUGGAAAAAUUCUUCAGGGAGAACAAUUCCACAGGUUGCUUGAACAGAACUGUUAUAUUCGAGUCUCCUGUCACCGUUGAAGAAUUGACUUUUGACAAGUUGAACAAUAACGUUUCCUACGAGUUCUUCACGCGGAAAGUAAACGAAACAUUCGGGAACGCCAGCUUCGAGAACCUAACGGUGGACACUUUGAUAGCGGACGAAAUAGCCCCAAACAUGGUGAACGGUCUCGAUCUCGUUGAUUACGCGAAACACUUGGAAUCAUCCGAUAUCGAGUGCACCAUCGAGGACAGUUUGGAAACGGAUCGUUUGUGCGCGAAAUCUGUCAACGGAAUGCCGGUAGAGGAGAUUGGCCAGUUGAAAGAUCGGCUGUCAGCGAUCCUGGAUCACGUACAGAGUGGAAAUUUGACGUUGAACUCCCUUCGAGUACUCGGCACGAUUAAAGCGGAUUCGAUCAACGGUGAACGCGUGACGGAUUUGUACAACGAGGAACGGUUCGGCCCGAGGCCUGUAAUAGUCAAGGAUGAAGUUUACAUCGAGGAUCUGACGAUCCUUGGCCUGAUGAACGGUUACAAUUUCACGGAACGCGUACUCGACACAGUUCAAAAAUCCGACGCGAACAUAGUGAUCGAGGGUCAUAAAACGUUCGACUCGAUCAUUUGCACCGAACUUGAAGCGAAAUAUUUGAACGGACGUCCCAUAGAGAAUAUCCUAGAUCCUUAUAAGGAACAGGUGCUCUCAGGUCCCGUGAUCGUAAACGGUACCAUGACCGUUUCCGAAUACUUCAACGCAACUGGAAACAUCAAUGGCGUACCGUAUCGCGAGCUGACGGAUAAAUUCAGAUAUUUGGGGAACAAUUCCUACGAAUUUCGUGGAGACGUCAGAUUCCUCGACGAUGUAACCAUAGAGAAUCUGUACGUGAACGGGUCGAUUCAGGGGACUGAUUUCGAUGAUUUUUUGAACACGGUGAUUUACAAGGACGAGGACAACGUCACGGUUUCAGGGACGAAAAUAUUUGAGAACACGGUCACUUUUAACGACGGGUUCUUCGUUCACGAGAAAUUGAAUGACAUUGAUCUGAGAAGAUUCAGGGAGAAGGCCGUUUACAUCGACGCGCCGUUCUCCGUCAAGUCGAAAAUUAUAUUCAAAGAUGGUAUAAAAGUGGAGAAGGAUAUCGUGGUUAAGAAAUCUCUGGAAGCAAAAUCAAUAAUGGGAAUCGAUAUCGAAGAGUUGCGAGCUAACGUGUUGUAUCUUAACAAGCCCACUUACGUGGACGGUAAUUUAGAUUCAUUCUGUGACAUUUUUCUUUCCCUCAUUCUUUUUAAACUUUCUUCUUUGCGCGUAGGAAAUCUCACGUUCACCAAUGUGACUUUCGAGUCUAACGUUCAAGUGAAGAAGAUCAACGAUGUGGAUAUGGAUUUAGUGAUACCGUUGAAGACAGAUCAAUUUAUACCUGUAAAAGUGUUAAGAGGUUACAAUAUUACAGCGGAAAAUAUGGAGAUUUUAGGAACGGUGAAUGGCGUCGAUUUGCGAGAGAUGCAAGAAAAGACAUUCAUGUUAACAGGGGACCAGAAUAUAACGGGACACUUCACUUUUCACGGUGUCGUUCAUUUUCGAAAUGAAUUCAAUCCACGCCUUAUCAACGGCAUCGAUCCAAACAGAUUCAUACCUCUGAAUACAAAGAGCACCAUAGUCGGCAAUUUUGUAUUCGAAAAACCAGUGAUUCUCAAGAAAAGUCUGAGGCUAUUGGGCUAUUUAAAUGACAUAGAUGUGAAUCGAUGGGAAGCUGUGGCAGUGACGACCGAAAAUUCAGUGCCACAAUUUAUUUCUGGAAAUUGGACCGUUUUUGGCAACGUCUAUUUCCAAAACGGAGCUUACGGAAGCGAGAUUUUAAACGGGACGAACAUCACGGAGGUAUCGAAUAUUUUAGCCGAGAAACAUUUAGAAAUGGACGCCAUGUUGGAAGAGAAAAAUGCCAAUCUGGACGUUAUAUGUAAAGAUUUGGCCGAAUUGAAACGCUACGCGGAGAAUCAAAUUUAUCAGUUCAAUGCCUUCGAUUAUCUGCAAAUCAUCGAGUUCGAUAACGGUUCGAUUGCCAGUGUCCAUUAUUUCGAAACGAACGACACGGAUCACUUAAUAUUGAGUUGCUACGAUUGUCAAAUGCACGCGUACGCGUUUACCGAGGAAAAAUUUGAAUUGGUGGGCGAUAUGCCGAAUUUCGGCGUGGUCCAAGAAUGGGCGACCUUUGAACGAGACCAGGUAUUAUAUUUCCUCACUUCUGGCCCAAAAUCUUGCGGAAGGAAUCCCGUGAACGUAUGGAGGUUGAAAGACAAUGAGUUCAGGCACGUUUUAGAUCUUGAUCACAACGUAAAAGUCAAGAAGAUAAAUCAGGACAUAUUUUUCACGAUGAUCGAUAAGAAGAAAGAAUUACGAUCUAAAAAGAUGAAUGAGCAAUUGAAGAGGUUUCUGUCAUCUUCGGUAGACAACGAUGAAACGAAAAUCGUUUGGGAUGAAGAUAUAUUAGCGGUUAACAAGACAACUGGAAAAGAAUACGACAAUAAUACGAGUUCGAGGAGCGUUAAAGAAAUUUUGAAUUUCAAAGCUGGAUUCCUCGAGAAAGAAAUGUUUUUGUAUUACGAUGAAGAGUUUAGCAAGGAUAGUAUAUUUAUUUUUCACAACGAUACGACGCAAAAAAAGAUCUUUCAAACUAUAACAGCAUACAGGCCAACCUCCUUUACGAUACUCAAUUUUGAUGGACUGGUCGAAACACUGCUCGUCUUCGUCGAAAAUAGGAAAAACCUUCGAAUUUAUGAAUACAAAGGUAUCCAAGGCUUCGUGUACAAAGACAGUAUAAAAAUGAACGUCGAUAAAUUAUUCAGUUUUAAAAUUAGAAAGUAUUCUCAUAUGGCGAAGAGAUAUUGCCUAGGCUUGAUUCAUAAAAACAGAUUAAUAAUAUUGGAGGCAUUAAUGUACGGCGAAAAAUUAGAUAUGGGGCCGUUAACGUGUUAGAAAUUUAUUAAUUAGAAAAUAAUUGAAGCAGAUUUAGUACGUGCAAAAAUAUAAGAAUGAAUCAAAUAUAUUUUAUUAACUAGUU